CAAAGUUCUCCCAGAAAUUCAAACGUAUGCUCUAUGUACCAUUUGUCUACAUUCAGGGGUUCCUUCGCGCUUGCUUACCACUUCUAGCGAAAACAUUGUUCUAAUUCAUCUUCUAAAGACUCGUUGUGGAGCAGCACAAAGUAGCUUAGGGAACAAUCGCCGAGAGCACCUGUAUCAGUGAUACAACUCGUUGAACAUCAACCCCAUGCCCAAGAACAUCAAGCUUUCCCAGUACCGUGAGGCGCUGCCUCGGCAUUCCACUAGGGAAAGCUUCUCCAGAAAAUGGUUCGUUCUCACUGGUCGGCCUUCGACAGAAGGUGCAGCCACCAUCUCAGCUCCGUGUCAAAUUCCAUCACGCCGUCACCAGCGGGAAGCGAUAGCCUUUAUUUAAGCAUUCGGAUCUGCGUGGUUGCAGUAGCUAGCUAGGUCCAGAAUGGAAUGUGGUCAUGAUAGGUGCUGUCUUCUGCCGACGUUUAGGAACCUUCCUUCCUAGUCACCUAUGAGGAACAAGCCUACCACCGCCUCUGACGACUUCGUCGCUUCCAUCGUGGUGAUCUGCUUUCCUAGGCAUGCCCCUAUCUGGAUUUGGACGCGGGGUUAGAGCAGUGGUAGAUGUUGAUGUUAUCGUCUGCUUUUAGCAAACAGAUAUAAAAGCUUGGAAAUUCUCUCAUAAUGUGAUAUGCAUUGACGCUUCCAACAACAUUAUCACUACUAUGCAUUUCUUCCAAGUCGCUCUUCUAGGUGCUUUUGUUGCACAGGCUGCAGCUGUCCCAUUCUCAUCGAGCAAUCUUGUCCAUGAACGUCGGGACACUGUUCCCAAUUCAUGGAUUAAGAGAAGUAGGGUGGACGCCAAUGUUGAGCUUCCCGUACGAAUCGGAAUGACCCAAAGUAACCUUGACAAGGGGCAUGACCUGUUGAUGGACGUUUCUCAUCCUGGUUCCAAGAAGUAUGGUCAACAUUACUCUGCGGAAGAGGUUGCCGAUAUCUUCGCGCCAUCACAGGAUACUGUGGACGCCGUUCGUGGCUGGCUUGUCUCAGCCGGCAUUGCCUCUGAGAAGAUAUCUCAGUCGAUCAACAAGCAGUGGGUGCAGUUUGAUGCCUCGGUGUUUGAACUUGAGUCCUUGUUGAUUACAGAGUAUCAUGAGUACGAGCACUCGGAUACCGGCAAGACCACCGUGGCUUGCGACAAGUACCAUGUUCCGUCUCACAUCCAGGAACAUGUUGACUACAUCACUCCUGGUACCAAGCUCUUCAGCUCUCAUCGUCGACCCGAUCCGAACACGGAUAUUGAGAAACGUACCUUUGGAGUCACUAGCGGGAAAGGAAACAGUGGUAUCCUUCCUCCCCUCCUUAAGGAGCUAGGAAUGAGUAUCGAAGCUUUACUUGCCAUCCCCGCGUUGCAAGCCUGUGGCACGGCAAUAACACCUGCCUGCAUUCAAACACUUUACAAUGUCACCAAGCCCACUAAGGCUGCUUCUGGAAAUCAACUGGGAAUCUUUGAAGAUCUUGGAGAUGUUUAUAGUCAGACUGAUUUGAACCUUUUCUUCUUGAAUCUUGCCCCCAACAUUCCACAAGGAACUCAUCCCACACUCAAAGCAAUUGAUGGAGCUGUUGCUCCUGUCAAUGUUCAGUCUGCUGGUCCCGAGUCGGAUUUGGACUUUCAAGUUGCUUAUCCUCUCAUCUAUCCUCAAAAUACAGUUCUUUUCCAGACAGACGACCCAGUUUAUGAGGCCAACUACACAUUCAGCGGAUUUCUCAACAACUUCCUGGACGCUAUUGACGGGUCAUACUGUUCUUACGUCGACCCUCUAGAUCCACCGUAUCCAGAUCCAUCGAAUGCACCAGGAGCCUACAAGGGCAAAUUGCAAUGUGGUGUUUACAAGCCUACCAAUGUCAUCUCGAUAUCAUAUGGCGGAGGCGAAGCAGAUCUUCCUCCUGCGUACCAGAAGCGGCAAUGCAACGAGUUCAUGAAGCUUGGCUUGCAAGGCGUGUCUGUUGUUCUUGCAUCUGGAGACAGUGGUGUUGCAGGAUCUGCGGGAGAGGGAGGAAAUGCCGAUGGAUGUCUUGGCACAGGCCAGAUCUUUGCUCCAGAUUUUCCAGCAACUUGCCCAUAUAUCACCACCGUUGGUGGAACUACACUUCCCCCCAGAGGUAACGUGAAAUCCGAUGACGAGACCGCUGUAACCAGAUUCGGUAGUGGUGGGGGCUUCUCGAAUAUCUACCCAAGACCCUCUUAUCAGCAAGCAGCCGUGUCAGCGUAUUUGACUAACACUCCUCCGCCCUACAAAUCCUACUCUGGCGUCAACAACAUGAACAUCGGAGCUGGUGGUGGAGUCUACAACAAGGGCGGUCGAGGAUACCCCGAUGUUAGUGCUGUUGGAGACAAUAUCGUUAUCUUCAACAAAGGUGCUCCAACUCUGAUUGGGGGUACCUCUGCCUCAGCUCCUAUCUUUGCCUCAAUCCUCAACCGCAUCAACGAAGAGAGAAUUGCUGCUGGAAAGUCCACUAUCGGCUUCGUCAACCCCACUCUUUACGCUCACCCAGAGGUGCUUCAUGAUAUUACUACUGGAAACAAUCCCGGAUGUAAUACAAAUGGCUUUACGGCAGCUAAAGGAUGGGACCCAGUCACCGGACUAGGCACUCCUAAUUAUCCAGCUAUGCUGAAGCUUUUUAUGAGUCUCUAAGCGUUUGUUAACAAGUAGUUUAGUAAUCACUUGAUAUUAGGAGAUCUUGUGAUAACAAUUCAAAUAUAUUAGCAUUGUAAAAUCGAACGAGGCGGCUGUUGUAAAUAAUCUAAUGAAACAAAUUGUA